GGCCGAUUCGCGCGCGAUUGACGUCGGACUGCCCGGCAAUUUGACUUGCGUGGAUUUGACCUUCCAUACAAAGUGCAACCAAAAACCAUGUCCGUCUAAGAAAUGUCCGUCUAAGAAAAUUGUACACUCUCCACCUGAAACUAACUUCUUGGCUACAGUUGUCAUCAGAAAAUGUAAUAAAAUCUUUGUUUUGAAAAUCAAUUCUUGUGUUGAAAUGAUCCUACGUAGGUUGAAUAUUCUCAAGCAUAGAGGAUUAUUUGUGAAAAAUAGACAAGUUCUACUGGUUGCAUCUUAUUCAAGAAACUCCAGCAAUUCAAAAUCACCGUACAAAAUCAUCCAGGCUAAGAUAAAAAAUGCUAGCAACGAAGAAGUUCCUCAUGAAAAUGGAUUAAAUUGGGAGCUAUUUGGGCCAAGAAACAAUCGUUUCUUUUUAGCAUCGGGCAGUGUCGGCCCUGCUUAUAUGAACAGCAAGACAACCCUUGCAUCAAACUUCGAUCUUGAGCAGCUUUUGGAAGAAAUUAAAGCAAGUGGAGCUAAUGAGAAUUGCCUUCUAAUAAGUGAAGAUAAAUCAUCAAAAUUCUCGGGUUCACUGUUUUCGAAUAUUCCUCCGAACCUAGAAAUGGUAAAAGAAUUGAUACUUGACUA